AUCGAAGGAUACAUACAUCUUACCUUAGCAGCUAAUUCCUAUGGAUACGAAUUAUAAGGAAUGAUAGCUUUGUUGAGGGUGGUCUGGAAAAUACGGAAUGUAUUAUUAAAAGCCACAGAGAUUGAAGGACGGUAAUGUCAGAAGGUAGCAUGAUGACAGAAACACCCUAUGAAUGAAACCAGGGUGGGUUCUUAGAUGCGUAAGAUUUAAAUGCGAGAUGCAAACACCGCGAGUUCAAUAUACCCUUUUACUAUACGACUAUUUCACAUCUAUCACAGCUAAGAACUCCACAAGUAAAUUAAAUGUAUCAAAUGUGUAACCAAGAGGCUGCUUACUUAGCCAUCAAUACGUUUCAGAAUUUAUAGAAUAUAUUCAAAUUCGAAGUAAUCAAAAAAUGAGCGGUCUCGAAAUUAAUAAAUCCAAAACUGUCGAAGAAGGUGAUGCUAAAACCAUCGAUCGUCAUAUUUACAAGCAGGGCCACUGCAUGGAAGAUGACGUCUAUACGUGCUUGCUUAGACGACAUGUACAUAGAUAUCCCGAAGAUGGUAGCCACAAGAUGUGGGUGCUUCCACAACUAAUAAUACUCUUCUCAACUGGAGAUGUAAGCCAGGUAACUAAAGCAAUUGUAAAGGAUAUGAUGCACCCGAUUGGGAGUGGCCUGGUCGCCAGCGUUCUUGUGGAAGAAUCGAUACGUGAGGAGGUGAUUCAAAAAAUUGGUGCUAACUUAAAACCAAUGGAUGAACGGCUGCACCAACAUCCAAAUUACCUGAGAUCGCUCAAGCUCAUAGACCGCAUGAAUUGCUCAACCAUACACAUAGAGGAGUACGAGGACGGGGACACUGAAAAGAGGUAUAGCCACAUAAAGCCUGGUUCCCCCGUAGUGGUAUUGGAUUUCCCGCAACACUAUUUCGGUGACAAACCGACAGCUGUAAUAACUAUGAGCACCUUUCGAAACUUCAAUGAAGUUGUAAAACUAUACAAACGGGAGGGUUUGAGCUUCGAUUCGGUUUCUGUGUGGUCACUUAAGUUGGCACAGUGCUUCGAGCUGGUGACUAGGCUGCCGGAGCCCUUACACUGGACCUUUAAUAGUAUGAAUGUGCCGGUUGACUUCCUGAUAAAAACUCCUCAAUCGAACGGAUCAGUUUCCGUAACCCAAAACAUGCACUACGAGCUCCAUGCCAUCAACGGAAAAUAUAAAACAAUUGCUUUUCCAAUUUGUCACGACCUUGAAAAUUGAUAUUCUGCGGAAUCAAUAUACCAUGUAAUACAAAUUUAUAAAUAGAGGAGCCCAAAUGACUCGACCGAUUUGUAGGAAA